AUGCACUCGUCAAUCAAACGGGAUCAGAACCAUCCCAACACACAUGGCUGCCAAGGACAACAAGAAGUGGCCAGUGCAGUGUUUCAGGAAGUGGUGGAUACCUACAAUGGAACCCGACCUACAUUGGCCAAUAUGAUGAAAUAUGGAGGCAUCUUGUCCGACACGAUCGAUAUCCAAGGAGUCUCUUAUGGGCCCGGGGAAAACUUGGACAAAUGCCAUGCCAACUUGCCUGAGAACCCCAUGAUGCAGUCCGAAUGCUGUUCAUGCAAUACUAUGCAAGGAGAAAAUCCGCAUUAUGCCUCGGAUCAAGGAGCUUUCAAUGGCCGCUGCUUGGAACAAACCGUCAACGCUUCAGAUAGUGUGGCAUAUGCGGCUGCAGUCCUUGUCUAG